UUAUGAGGGCGAGGGUUAAAAAUACUACUGCGCAUGUACGUGCACUAUGCUCCGCCAGCCAGUGGGGUAAUCGUCUUCCUCUUUGGAGAGAACUUCGCCUGCCUAUGCAUUGGAUUUGAUGAUACUUGUGUUUCGGUCCUCGGUAUGGACUCUCAAAAAGAGGCCUUACAGAGAAUAAUAACCACAUUGGCCAAUAAAAAUGAGGAGCUCCAUAACUUCAUGGAAACACUUAGUCACUCUCUGGCUGGUGUCCAGGUGAACUCCCCACAGGCAGUGUCCGACCUGGAGGAGGAGUUUGACAGGUUAUUCACCAUCCUGGUUGAGAUGAAGGAGAGCAUGAUCAACACCAUCAAACAGGAAGGGGCCAAGAAGACACAGGAACUGCAGCAUCAGCUGACACAGAGCGGCAGUGCCUUGAAGAGUGCAGUGGAGCUGCUGGGGUUUGCCAACAAUGCUCUGGAUAUUAAAGACGAGGAUGAGUUCACUAAGGCUGCCAAGCAGAUCAAAGAUAGGGUAACAAUGGCACCAGCCUUCAGACUGACCAUGAAGCCCAAGGCCACAGAUAACAUGGACCAUCUCAUGGUGGACUUCAACCAGGAGCAGCAGCUCCUCCAGAACCUCAAGUUUCUGCCUGUCCCUCAAGCCCCAGAGAUGGAGGUCGGGGACUGUCUGGUGUUAGACAACACUGUGUCUGUAGCCUGGAAGAUGCCAGUGGAGGACAGCAAGAUAGACCACUACAUACUGGAGUACAGAAAGACCGACCACGAAGGACUGCCACGGAUCAAAGACGAACGUUGCUGGGAGGUGGUGGACAACAUCAAGACCACAGAAUACUCACUGUCCGGUUUAAAGUUUGACUCGAAGUUCAUGAACUUCCGGGUACGAGCUUGCAACAAGGCAGCAGCUGGAGAAUACUCUGAUCCAGUUACCCUGGAAACCAGAGCGUUUAACUUCGGUUUCGACUCGUCGUCGUCCCAUCUGAACCUGAAGGUAGAGGACAGGAGUGUGGAGUGGGAUCCCCAGGGAGGCAAGGGGCUGGAGAGCAAGGUCAAGGGCAAGGAGAACAAGGGCAGCGCUCAUCUUACCAAUCUGAGGAACAUGUCAAGAAGUGGAACUCCGUCUCCCAAGAGGACGUCAACGGCACGGUCUCCUGCCAUCAGAGGAGGUAGGUCAAACAACGUCAGUGUGUUUACUGGAGAGUCCUACACCGUGCUAGGUGAUACCAGUAUGGACUGUGGGCAACACUACUGGGAGGUGAAAGCCCUUAAAGACUGUAAGUCCUACAGUGUUGGGGUCUCCUACAGGAACCUGGGAAAGUUUGACCAGCUGGGUAAGACCAACACUACCUGGUGUAUCCACAUCAACAACUGGCUACAGCCCUCCUUCGCUGCCAAGCACAACAACAAGGCCAAGAGCCUGGACGGCACCGCGCCUGGACGCAUCGGGGUCUUCUGUGACCUGGACUCAGGACAACUGUCCUUCUACAACGCUGAAACCAAGCAGUUGAUCCACAUGUUCAAGGCUAAGUUUAGCCAACCUGUAGUACCAGCCUUCAUGGUAUGGGGUGGAGGACUGAGCCUCAGUACAGGCAUGCAAGUCCCCAGUGCAGUCAAGAGUUUCCAGAAGACCGAGAACGGCCUGGGAGGAUCCAACAGCAGCCUCAACAGCAUGGCCCAGUAGCUCACACACUCACGGGCUACAUCUGGAACAGCACCCUAUUCUCUACUCAGUGCACUACUGUUGCUCUACGCGGACUCUAGUCAAAAGUAGUGCACUAUGUAGGGAAUAGGGUUCCAUAGGGCUCUGGUCUAAAGUAGUGCACUAUAUAUUAGGGAAUAGGGUUCCAUAGGGCUCUGGUCUAAAGUAGUGCACUAUAUAGGGAAUAGGGUUCCAUAGGGCUCUGGUCUAAAGUAGUGCACUAUGUAGGAAAUGGGGUUCCAUAGGACUCUGGUCUAAAGUAGUGCACUAUAUAGGGAAUAGGGUUCCAUAGGGCUCUGGUCUAAAGUAGUGCACUAUAUAGGGAAUAGGGUUCCAUAGGGCUCUGGUCUAAAGUAGUGCACUAUAUAGGGAAUAGGGUUCCAUAGGGCUCUGGUCUAAAGUAGUGCACUAUAUAGGGAAUAGGGUUCCAUAGGGCUCUGGUCUAAAGUAGUGCACUAUAUAGGGAAUAGGGUUCCAUAGGGCUCUGGUCUAAAGUAGUGCACUAUAUAGGGGAGUAGGGUACCAUAGGGCUCUGGUCUAAAGUAGUGCACUUUAUAGGGAAUAGGGUUCCAUUUCGGACGCAACCAAUGAUGAACUGAACUUGCUCCUCUGACUUCCUGCUUCCUGUGCAAGUUCAACCCCUUCCUGUUUCUGAUCUGUCAGUCAACCCGCUUCUUCAGAUGCACUGCGAGACAUGAGAAACGCUGAGCAUUGGAGGAACAAAACCAGCCUCGCCUUCACUCCUCUCGUAGUUUAACCAAGCCGCUCCAGAGGGUAUCAUCACGCAUCAGGGCUCUCCAAGCCUGUUCCUGGAGAGCUACCGUCCUGUAGGUUUCCACUGACCCUAACCUAGCACACCUGAUUCUAAUAAUAAUAAUAGCUGAUUGAUAUAGCUGAAUCAUGGGUUGGAGCAAACCUACAGGGGGGAAGGGGGUAGCUCUUCAGGAACAACCCAAUAACCCAGCUACAGCAUUAAGGGUUAGUGGAACACUCUUUACCGUGUCCCAAAUCGCUUAGGGUUGGAAUAUUAAAUGAAGAUUCUCAUUCUGGAUCAGGAAGGCUCUAUGUUUAAUCAGGGAAUAGAUGAGGGCACUUAAGUUGUUUUUUCUCUCCUUUUUGUUUUCGUUAGAAUGCUGAGUUUUUAGAUCAUUCUGUCUCCCUCUGAAGUGUGAAUGUCUGUUUUAUGGCAUAUGCCGAGAACCUACCUGAUUACUUAACAGCUCCUAUAUUGACUCGUAUAUUUCUGUGUGUGUGUGUGUGUGUGUGUGACUAUGCCAGUCAUGUCAGUGAAUGGAUUAUAACUCCUCCCUCUCUCGUAGAGGCGUCGUUUUCGUUUGAACCCUCAGUCUCUUCACUACUGAACAAUAUCUUGUCCGAACUAAACUGCAGGUUUGCACACAACACAGUACCUGAAGUAGGGUUGACUUAACUUAAGUGAUGGGAAUGAUACCAUAUGAUUUAGUUCCGUUUUCUUCUCAUGCUUACAUGUCCUGUGCGCCAGGUGUAGUGUGACCCUGUGUACUGCUUUCCAAAUCACACCCUAUUCCCUAUAUAGUGCACUACUUUUGACCAGGACCCCUAUGACGAUCCCUGGUCAUGCACUAAAGGCCCUAUGGGGCUUGGGCAAAAGUAGUGCCCUAUAUAGGGAAUAGGGUGCCAUAACCUAGACGGCAAGAGUGUGGUGAUCUGUGUCUGUACGUCAUUGAGGAGUGUGUGUUCCUAUUCAUAUCUUAUGGCACCUUAUUGCCAUUUAUAGUGCACUAGUGCCCUAAAUAUAUAUGCCAUUUAGCAGACGCUUUUAUCCAAAGCGACUUACAGUGCAUACAUUCUACGUAUGGGUGGUCCCGGGGAAUAGGGAAUAGAUGAGUGCACUAGUGCCCUAAAUAGGGAAUAGAUGAGUGCACUAGUGCCCUAUAAAUAGGGAAUAGAUGAGUGCACUAGUGCCCUAAAUAGGGAAUAGAUGAGUGCACUAGUGCCCUAAAUAGGGAAUAGAUGAGUGCACUAGUGCCCUAAAUAGGGAAUAGAUGAGUGCACUAGUACCCUGAAUAGGGAAUAGAUGAGUGCACUAGUACCCUGAAUAGGGAAUAGAUGAGUGCACUAGUGCCCUGAAUAGGGAAUAGAUGAGUGCACUAGUGCCCUAAAUAGGGAAUAGAUGAGUGCACUAGUGCCCUAAAUAGGGAAUAGAUGAGUGCACUAGUGCCCUAAAUAGGGAAUAGAUGAGUGCACUAGUGCCCUAAAUAGGGAAUAGAUGAGUGCACUAGUGCCCUAAAUAGGGAAUAGAUGAGUGCACUAGUGCCCUAAAUAGGGAAUAGAUGAGUGCACUAGUGCCCUAAAUAGGGAAUAGAUGAGUGCACUAGUGCCCUAAAUAGGGAAUAGAUGAGUGCACUAGUGCCCUAAAUAGGGAAUAGAUGAGUGCACUAGUGCCCUGAAUAGGGAAUAGAUGAGUGCACUAGUGCCCUAAAUAGGGAAUAGAUGAGUGCACUAGUGCCCUAAAUAGGGAAUAGAUGAGUGCACUAGUGCCCUAAAUAGGGAAUAGAUGAGUGCACUAGUGCCCUAAAUAGGGAAUAAAUGAGUGCACUAGUGCCCUAAAUAGGGUGCUGUUAAGGACCCUCGUAUUACUGUACCUUUUUAAAGCGUUCAGAAGUUCAUCUCAUGAUAUGGCUCACAAACGGGCAGUCCUUAAAAAUGAGGUACCUUUUUUUGAAACGGGUGAUAGACAUCAGAUAUACACUGAGAGUACAAAACAUUAAGAACACCCCUUUUUGCCCUCAGAACAACCUCAAUUUGUGGGGGCAUGAACAAGAUGUUAAAAGCGUUCCCCAGGGAUGCUGGUCCAUGUCGACUCCAAGGCUUAAUAUUGAGUUGCACCCCCCUUUAGCCCUCAGAACAGCCUCAAUAGAUCAGGACGUGGACUCUACGAGGUGUCGUAAGCGUUCCACAGGGAUGUUGACUCCAAGGCUUCCCACAGUUGUGUCAAGUUGGCUGGAUGUCCUUUGGGUGGUGGACUGUUGUUGAUACACACGGGAUACUGUUGAGUGAAAAACCCAGCAGCGUUGCAGUUCUUGACGCACUCAAACCGGUGCGCCUGGAACCUACUACCAUACCCCGUUCAAAGGCACUUAAAUAUUUUGUCUUACCCCUCUGAAUGACACACAUACACAAUCCAUGUCAUCUACACUGAUUUGAAGUGGAUUUAACAAGUGACAUCAAUAAGGGAUCGUAUCUUUCACCUGGUCAGUGUCAUGGAAAGAGCAGGUGUUCCUAAUGGUUUGUCCACUCAGUGUCUACAUGAUUAUAUUGAUACGUAAGGUCAUCAUCAGUUAGAAUGAGAUGUCUGUCAUAUUGUGUCAAAACCACCAAAGAUUAUGUCUAGUGAGGGGAAAUCGAUAUGGGAAUACUUUAUAUUCUGCCACCUGGUGUCUGGAUGAUGUCACUACAAUAAUUCAGGACGAGAUCCUAAAGCCAGACACAUCUCUCUCUGACCACUACAGCCAGACACUUCUCUGACCACUGCACACAAUACCUUUCUUCAUACAUUUACUUAGUUUGUGGAUUUUGUUUUGAAAUAAUAAUUUAAUUUGACAUAAUUUAGGCAUAUCAGUGGUCUCAAUGCUGAAUAUGUCACAUUUACCUGGAUUAUUAGAGAGAGACUGAUUCAAACUAAAUAACGGACCCUUUUGUGCAUCAAUAUCAUGUUGUGUAUACUGGUCGAACUCUUUUCAAUGUUUGGUUAUUUCAUUUUCUACCAUGUUUUCCAUGCUGCUGUUCUGUGUUGGGCCGUUAGGAGGAGAAGGACAUCUCCGCUCGUCUUCACGUGGGCCAACCUUUUCAGUUAUACUGUAUUCACAUUGUUUUGUGAUAUUUGCCUGCAAACAUCUGACUCUUCAGAUAUGUCCACCUCUCCAUUGAAUCACCAAAUAAACUGUUUUCACCCCCUGGAAA